AUGUCGACCGAGGAGCCCCAGCCCGGCCAGGAUGCCGGCCGUGUCAACGACCAGCUCGACCGCCUUAACAUGGACGGCGAGGGCGAGGUGAUUCCGCGCACCGAAGAAGAGUACGCCGAGGCGCAGCUCACGCUCCGAGCCAUUGUCUCGUCCAAGGAAGCCGGCGUCAUCAUAGGCAAGGCUGGCAAGAAUGUCGCUGACCUUCGCGAUGAGACUGGUGUGCGCGCCGGCGUCAGCAAGGUUGUCCAGGGCGUCCACGACCGUGUCCUUUCGGUAACGGGCAGCCUCUCUGGCAUCUCCAAGGCGUACGGUUUGGCUGCCAAGGGCCUGCUCGAGGGCGCGCCUGCCAUGGGCAUGGGCGGCGUCAUUCGCACCGACGGCACUCAUCCCAUCCGCCUCCUCAUCUCGCACAACCAGAUGGGCACCAUUAUCGGGCGCCAGGGCCUCAAGAUCAAGCAGAUUCAGGACGCCUCUGGAGUGCGCAUGGUUGCGCAGAAAGAGAUGCUUCCCCAGUCGACGGAGCGCAUUGUCGAGGUGCAGGGGUCUCCUGCCGGCAUCGAAAAGGCGGUUUGGGAGAUUGGCAAGUGCCUGAUCGAUGACCACGAGCGCGGCUACGGUACUGUCCUCUACAACCCCGCCGUUAGGGUCCAGCCUGGCGUCGGGCCCGGCCCCUUGUCCAACGGCGGUAGCGCGCCCAGUGGCGGUAUGGGCGGACGCUCGUACAACCGCACCGGCCACGGCGCUGACUUUAGUGACGCUCCCCCUGCCUUCUCUCGACGAUCUGGUUCGGAUGCUGCUAGCAGGCCUCCGCCCCCUACACAUACCGAGGAUGGCGAGGAGAUGCAGACGCAGAACAUCAGCAUUCCGUCGGACAUGGUUGGCUGCAUCAUCGGACGCGGCGGCAGCAAGAUCAGCGAGAUCCGCAAGACUUCGAACGCCCGCAUUUCGAUUGCCAAAGCACCCCACGACGACACGGGCGAGCGCAUGUUUACGAUUACGGGUAGCGCCAGUGCCAACGAGAAGGCGCUGUACCUGUUGUACGAGAACCUCGAGGCUGAAAAGAUGCGCCGCAGCCAGGCGCAAGAGUAG